AGCUUACUGUAUCUCUUCCCUCACUCUCCCACUCACUCAGCAUCACAUUCGGCCUUGACGAUGGUCAGUCAUUAUUGCGUGACUCCGACACUUUUCUCGUGCUCUCCAAGCCUCAAACAGUUGAUCAGUCUGCGCACGACGUCACAUCCCACUGUGCAUGGCAUCACACACCACAACUCCAUUACUCCUAUUACACACCUCCCACUUUUCCAAUAAGCAUUCUCACGAAUCUUGCUUCUCAGCUAUGCAACAAAGCUCUACCUGCGCACCUAAAUUCACACCAGUGCAACAGAUAGAGUCUCCUAAUUUCAGCACACCGCAUCCGGCAAAAGCUAUUUUUCAGGUGCAUGUAACGGUCACAUCUGGUACCUGCAGAUAUGUACCAUGCUCCAUGACGAUCUAUGUGGGAGAUGCCCACCCUGAUAGAGCCCCGCUUACAUCAAGGCUCCAGCUGCGUGGUUGUUGUCAUAUCGCAUUCAAUUCCUGCUCACUAUCCAGCCUCAUCUUGUGGAGCGUGCAGCAUUCCUGUGAUAGUGGCGUGACCUUGAGGCUGCGAGGCGCAAAGUCGAGACUUCGAGGUGAGGCUGCGCAGAAACAGCGUGACCGCGUAUCCUUCUCUCUCUCAGUAUGUAUAAUGAAGCUGGCAAGUCAGUUGCGCGGGAUAGGAUACCACAUUACCAACUCCUUAUGAUCCGAUAAUCUUAUCUUCGUAAUCCCCAACGCAGCAAUUGUAAAAGCAGACUCCCCUCGGCCCUCGAGCC